AUGGCGACUGUGAGUUCAAAUCAAUACCUCAUUGCUGGAUUAGAAGCACAUCGAGCUAGUACACUCAGUCCUACAAUGGCUCGAUGUUAUAGUAGAUUAAUCAAUUCUGUAAAGUCUUAUCCUUUACCUAUAACAAUUGAUGAGAUUGAAUCUGUUAGUGGUAUUGGAAGAGCAACAGGAAAAAUAUUAAGAACACUUAUUGAAAAUGGUCCAUUAUCUUCUUUAUCAUCAAAUCAACAAAAUCAACAACUAAUAACAAAUAAUAAUAAUAAUAGUAGAGGAGAAUUAGAGAAACAAAAAUUGAAAGAAAGAUUGGAAAAGAUAAAUAUAAAAGAUUUGUUUGUAAAGAGUGAUGACUUUUUAGCUAUGAAACGUCCCAAUAGCUUUGCAGAAUGGAUUUAUAGUAUCAAGGGAAUAACAGACCCAACAGAUAUUAUAGAUAAAUUCAAUCUUAGUGGUAUCAAUCAAAUUCAACAUAUCCCUUUGAUUGAUGGUAGUGCAACUUCUGCUGCCAACUUGAUAUUUGGACAAAAGAUGCUCGUUGAUCAUGCUGUCACCAUUUACAAAAGAUAUGAUAUGUUGGCAAUCGAGUAUGCUGAAAGAGGUGAAGAUCUAGAGACUGCACUACAAUGGAUCAAAGGUGAGAUCAGUAGCAACGACGGCGAUGAUGACAUUGACAACAAAAAUCUUUUCUUUUCCGAUAAAGAUGGUGAAGAUAUCUUAAUUUCAACUGAAGGUCCUCCACCAUUAAUUCAAAUGCAAUAUAUUGAAACUAUUUGUUCAAAAAAUGUAUUAAAAGGUGCAUAUGAAAUUGCACAUAUGAGAAAGUUGGCAGAUAUUCAUCUGGGUAGUGAUAAUAUCAUUAAAUUAAUGGUUUCACCGUCGGGUGAUGACAAUGUUCAGGGAAGAGGUGACAAGGCAUAUGAAGUCAUUAUCACAUUGGACCCUGACCGAAAAAUGGCUUCUAGGUGUUCGUGUACUUGUGAAUAUGGGAAAAUACACAAUCAUCGGAAAAAUAUAAACUCUAGUCUUUGUAAACAUAUCAUUGCUCCCUUACUUAUUUUAUCUCAAUAUAAUCAACAAAAUAAUAGUCAAAAUAAUAGUAAUCAAAAUAGUCAAAAUAAUCAGAAUAAUCAAAAUAAUAAUAAUUCAACACCAAGAAGAAAUCCAACAAGACCAAGGAAUAAUAAUAGUAUUUAUUUACAAGAUGGUAUGGAUUUGGAAUUGGGAGAUGAAGAUGAAUAUAUACCACCAGAAGACAAGGAUGAUCGUGAUUACUCUCCAACAAGAGAUAAACAAUCAAGAAAAAGAUCUUCACUUGCUACUAGUACAAAUAAUGGUUCACAACAAGAAAAUGAUCAAAAAAGAACUCGUAGAAGGAGUACUGAACAACAAACAACCGAUAAAUCAACGAAUAAUAAUAAUAGUAAAAAAAAUAGAUAUAGACCAAAAUAUAGAAGUGGAGCAUGGGGAUUAUUAAUGGCAUUGUAUGCUAAAUUAGUUGAUGAAGAAAAUUCAAAAGAUGGUUUAUCGAAAAAUGAAUUGGUCAUGAAUGCUCAAGAAUAUUCUGAUGCACAGUUUAGUACUGAUGGUGGUUGGAGAUCAAUGAAAACGUUAGAGGAUCAUCAAUUGGUAUCGGAAUAUGGUAAACCAAAAAUAUUCAAACUUACAAAGAUGGGAUGGGAUAUUGCUAGAAAGUUAUAUUCUUCGAAACCAACUGGAACAAAAAAUAUAACAAUGGCUGUAAAUAGUGAUGAUGAUGGUGAUAAUGAUGAUAAUGACAACGACGAUAAUGACAAUGACGACUAUGAUAUACAUAGUCAACAAGACAAUGAGGAUAGUCCAACAAAAACAACAAUUACAACAACAAAUGAAGACUUUAAUCAAGAACCAUCACCACCACCACUUUCAAUGGAGGAACAAGUAUUGUAUGAUUGGAGUGAUGAUAGUGAUAGUGAAACUAUUCAUUGGCUUGUAGAUAGACCAUUCCCAAUUACUCAUAGUGACGUUUUAAAGAUUAAAAAAGAGAAUAUCUAUAUUAGAGAGGUUGUUUUGUUGGUUGAUAAUCGUGAGAUUAAAAAUCAUCGAAAGAAUGGAGACUCGUUGUUGCAGUUGCUCAAUACUGUGGGCGUCAAAUACGAGCAACGGGCACUACCCCUCGGCGAUUUUCUCUGGAUCACACGUCUCCACUAUAAUCUCGAUGAAGAACAGACAGUCUAUGAAAUGGUGAUGGACACAAUCAUCGAACGCAAAAAGAUACCAGACUUGUUGGAAAGUAUAAAGGAUGGAAGAUACAAAGAUCAAAAAUACCGUCUCACUAGGUGUGGUAUAGACAAGACUCAUUAUCUAAUCGAAGGUCAACUUAAUUAUCGAACUAACGGUGGUGGUGGUGGUGGUAGUGGUAGUCAAGACACAACAGUCACUCCAAAAGAUCCAGAUGAUGAAAAAGUCUAUCAAAGUAUUUCAGAAACAUUCCUCGAGGAUGAAAUCAUUCCAGUAAGAACCAAAUCAGAAGAAGAUACAGUUCAUAUGCUUCGAACCAUCACAACAAGAAUGACGGAUAAUCCUCAUAUCUACUUUAGUGAUAUGUGUUAUGACGAGUUUGCAGAUCGUGCCACACACGAGCCAAUGACCAUCACAUCAAUGUUUGCUUGCAUGUUACUCACUAUUCGUGGCAUGACUGAAAAGAAAGCGACACAGAUCAUCACAGAAUAUCCUACAUUACACAGACUCAUCACAAAGUAUCGACGCAUGACUACAGUUGGAGAGGCAGAACGACUCCUAGCUGAUUACGUUGGAGUAGAUCUAAAUACACCAGCAGCUAACAUAGAGAUUUUCUAUAUCUUAACUUGCCUAGGUCAUUCAUCAUUAUCAUUAUUAUUAUUGUUAUAUUGUAUUAUAAUAUUAGAUUCAAGCAGAUCAAAUGGAAGAAAAGAAAAAGAAGCAAGUGGUUAUAAACAACAACAAUAA